UCCUCUCUCUUUCAAAACUUCUGAUUAAGGAUGUACAGCUGCAACUCAUGCCACAAGAUUUACAGACACGCGGCCUCGCUUUACAACCACACGACGUUCGAUUGCGGGAAACCGAAGAGGUUCAGCUGCUCGAUUCCCGGAUGUCCUUACAAGUCGAAGAGACACAACAACGUCAAGCAGCACAUGAGGCUCAAGCACGUCCUCCGUUCUGAAAGUAACAUCGUUUCGCCACAUCCGUCGAUCAUUUGUUAAAACAAAUAACACCACUUGUCAGAUUGAUACUUCUCAGUGGAAAUUAAAAGAAGAUUUAUUUUUUUAUAUUUAUUUUGCGUAUUAAUAUUUAGUUUGUUUUUUUUUACUUGUCCAAAGGUAAUGAGAAUGAUAACAAAUAUAUGACUUGUUAGAUGAUAUACCGUUACUAAUUUAUUUCCUCCCCUUUCUAUUA